UGACAUAGAGGCCCAGCUGAAUGUCAUCUGUGUUAUUAAUGUAAUUCUAUAUUUUUAAAGGUUUAUCUAUAGUAGAUUUAUUUAUUAGUGACAUUCUAUUCCAGAUAAAUAUUAUUAUCACUGCUCUACAGUUGUAUUGCUAUCAUAAAAAUGUGCCUCAAUGUGCAUUCACAACCAAGUAAAUUAUUUUCACUCUUUGUUUAAUUAGAAAUUGGCAUACUAUUUCGAAAUGUUUGUGAAACCUCAGGAAGUUCUUAUAGCCAAUGCAUUCUGGGAAACCGAGAAAUCUUCCAUUUACUUUGUACUUCAACAUCGAAAAGGUCAUGGAAAUAUCAAAGGGCUAUCAUCACUUCUUGUUGGAACGAUGGACAGUAUUUUUGAUACAAAGCCAGCACCCUACAGAAUAUUACAUCAAACACCGUCUUCUGAAGUAUAUUACUUGGUAGCUGGUGCCAUGACAAGGAAAGAAAUAUUGCAAGAUUGGAAUUGGCUUUUUAGUAACGUGUGCGAAACUCUACAUUCCUUUGAUAGUGAAGAUGAUAUAAUAGAGUUUGUAACAUGUAAAAUAGAGUCUGUUAUUGCCACAAGACAUGAAGCUGAAAUUGAUGAUGAAGAUACUACAUCUUUCAAAGUGAAAUCUCAAAAGUUCCAGAGAUUAUUUGACUUGCCAGCAGAUGAAAAACUUGUGAAUUAUUAUUCAUGCAGUUUCUGGAAAGGAAAAUUACCUCGUCAAGGGUGGCUGUAUCUAUCUCUGAAUCAUUGUUGCUUUCACGCCUUCAUUCUUGGACUCGAUACCAAGGAGUGCAUACGUUGGUCAGAAGUUACCAGUUUAACCAAGAAAAACAGUCUCAUUUUACCUGAUUCCAUACAGAUAUGCACACGAGAAAAAGAGUACAAUUUCAGUAUGUUCUUGAGUCGGAAUGAAACAUUUGCUCUCAUGGAACAACUAGUUGAUAUAGCUAUGAAAAGGCUGAUUGACGAUAAGAAAAGCUACAGUGAGGACAAAGAAUUGCUCAACAAACUAAGUAAAAAUGUUCCAAAGAAAGCUUCCUUCUUGAAACGAGAUUUGGAUGCGAGAGCUCAGUCUGAAGCAUACAGGCUGAUGUUUAGGUUACCCUCUAUAGAAAAAUUAGACGGCUCUAUUGAUUGUACCUUACUUACUCCCUACAAUAAAAAACAUGUCAGUGGAAGAUUGUUCCUGUCACAAAACUACAUAUGCUUUGAAAGUAGGGUAAAAGCUCAGGUUAGCCUUGUGAUACCAUUACGAGAUGUUGGUUUAGUAGAAAAAAUUGAAACAAAUGUCUCAAAUCAAUCAUUGGAUAAAGCUAUUAUUAUUUCAACAGGGGAUGAACUGAACAAAACUAAUUUCAUCUUUGCUCAAAUUCUUGACAGGGAUUUUCUUGUGGAAAAAAUAUCUGAACUGUUAUCGAAAACCCAAGGGUAUAUAAGGCAUGACUUGAACGAAAAGCCUAAUUCAAGUGGAGACGGGCAAAAAUUAAAAGUGGAUAACCAGUGGAGAUGUCAGCAAGCUUUAAUGAAAAUGUUCCCUUUGAGCCCAAUUCCGGAUGUAAAUAGAAAGCAAGUGCACAAGGCGAGGCAAUGGGAGGAACACUUCAACGUAUAUGGCAGAGGUAUUUCUAUGUAUAGAACCACGGAAGUCGCCACGCUUGUUUUGCAAGGAGUACCAGAUCAUUUGAGGAUGGAUAUAUGGAUGUCUUUCUCAGGUGCGGCAAACGAAAAAGCUUCCCAUCCGGGAUAUUACAAAAAUCUUGUAGGGAAAGCUCUCGUUCAACAGUCAACAGCAAAUGAUGAGAUCGAACGAGAUCUUCACCGUUCCCUGCCCGAACAUCCUGCCUUUCAAAGUCCGAUCGGUAUAGAUGCUUUAAGAAGAGUUCUUUGCGCUUAUGCGCUUCAUAAUCCUAGCAUAGGUUACUGUCAAGCAAUGAAUAUUGUUGCAUCCGUCCUUUUGAUAUAUUGCAACGAAGAAGAAGCCUUCUGGCUAUUGGCUACACUGUGUGAAAACCUCUUGCCUGAUUAUUAUAAUACUAGAGUAAUUGGAGCUGUUGUUGAUCAAGGUAUAUUAGAUGAGCUGACACUUGAAUUCUUGCCUAAUUUGCACGAUAAACUAAAUCAGCUAGGUAUGACGAACAUGAUCUCCCUGUCUUGGUUUCUUACAAUUUUUCUAUGUGUAAUGCCUUAUGAAAGUGCUGUAAAUAUUAUGGAUUGCUUUUUUUACGAUGGUGCUAAAGUAAUUUUCCAAGUCGCAUUGAUGUUGUUAGAGUGGAAUCAAGAUAAACUUCUAGAAUGCAGGGACGAAGGAGAAGCUAUGCAACUUCUGGCUGAGUACUUGAUGGGUGUAUUCAAUGAUGAAGGAAGAGGUGCAAUCAGGAACAAAAAUUAUGAGGAACAAAAUAGGAGUAUGUCUGUUCAACUUCUUGUUUACGAAGCAUAUCGGAAGUACGGAUCAAUAACAACAGGACAAAUAGAGAGGCUUAGACUAAAACAUAGGUUAAGAGUUGUUCAAGAUUUGGAAGACACUUGCGAAAGAAACGUCCUGAGAUGUGUCUCAGUAGAUGGUUUUUUCACAACGGAAGAAUUACAGGAUCUCUUAGCUCUAGUCAGGGAAGAAAUUAUAAGGCAACAAAAAUGUGUACCAGAUAAAUAUGAUCCAACAUUCCAACCUUAUGAAGCCUAUAAAGUAGAUUUUGAUUACUUUAAAAUACUAUUUGCUGCCUUAUCGCCAUGGGGAAAAGGAGAAACGGCGGAAUCCUUAGCUGCCAGAAUAUUUAUGCUAAUGGAUCAGAAUAGAGAUAGUUAUCUGAAUUUCCGUGAACUAGUCACUGCUCUAGGGCUCACUUGUACAGCUGAUCCGGCCCAAAGGCUCAAAUUAUUGUAUACCAUUCAUUUACCGCCCAUCUUAGUUAUGUCCGACAUUGAAUCGCCUAUCAAAAAUGAAUGUGGUGCUGAAAUUGCUUCGGAGGCAUCCGAUUUCUUCACGAGUGUAGAGCAGAGUAUGAGCAGCAUUAGUAUAGAGCCUACAUCACCUGUAUCACCGUCGUUUCAAUGGCAAAAAUCAUACGAUUCUCAGAUCUCAACGGACAAUAACAGUGAAGAGUUAAGUUGGGAAGCAAAAAGUAUGACAAAUUUGAGGAAUCUCGUCCAAUCCAAAGAUAACAAAUUCAACCUCAAAUCUGUUCCAAAAAUGUCCCAGGCUCACUUUAUCACGUUGUGGAAAACAGUAUAUGAUAUUUUCCAAACCGAACCUGAUGAUUUGGAAGUAUACCAUACAAUUGCAAAUGUUGGUACCCUGUUGUUAGAACUUGGCGAUGUUGGCAAGCAAUUUUUCAUUGGAAGAGAUGGGUCUGAUGACAGCUUGGUAUCUGCUGCGACGGCUGCGUGCAAUGCGGAAGCUUUAAAAGAAGGGGUAAGGUUAAAAUAAAGUUUUUCAAAGUGC